AUGGCUACAGCACAGUCAGAUACCGACAAGGUCCCUAUAGUUUUUUCUAUUGAAGAGGAUGAGAGGCAACCAUCCGACUCUCUAGGGGCUUCCCAGCUUGAAGACCAAGUUGCCCAUUCCAAGCCACAUCAUAUUUUCUCUCGUCGUAAGAAGCUGCAAAUGGUAUGCCUUGUUUCAAUGGCUGCCAUUUUCUCCCCCUUAUCGUCGAAUAUUUAUUUCCCAGCCCUAGGCGAGGUGUCAAGGGUAAGUACGACAAAAAGAAAAUACACUGUGGGCAACCUUUCGAGGGACAGGAUAACACCCACAUUCUGGGGUUCGAUUUCAGAUACCACAGGGAGACGCCCAGUCUUUAUUGGGACGUUCAUUGUGUACAUGAUUGCCAACGUUGCCCUUGCUGUGUCCACAAAUUACGGAGAACUCAUGGCUUUUCGUGCCUUACAGGCUGCUGGUAGUGCGGCUACAAUUUCCAUUGGCGCAGGUGUCAUUGGUGAUAUCACUAUUUCGGCGGAAAGGGGAAGCCUGGUGGGUAUAUUUGGAGGAGUUCGUAUGCUUGGGCAAGGGAUCGGCCCGGUUGUGGGUGGCAUCUUGACUCAGUACUUAGGCUUCCGCUCGAUCUUUUGGUUUCUCACGAUAUGCGCGGCUGUGAGCCUUCUGUCUAUUCUUAUAUUUCUACCUGAGACGUUGAGGCAUAUCGCUGGUAACGGUACUGUUAGGCUGAGAGGUAUCUAUAAGCCUUUUCUGUUUGUGGUUAUCGGACAGAAGGGAGCCAUAACCGGAGCCAACCCGGGCCGGAAGAAACCUGAAAUGACAUGGCGUGCUAUACUUGCUCCUCUCACAUUCCUUGUAGAAAAGGAUAUCUUCGUUACCCUUUUCUUUGGAAGCAUCGUUUAUGCGGUUUGGAGUAUGGUGACAUCCAGUACUACAGACCUUUUUCAGAAUGUCUACCAUUUGACCUCAUUAGAGGUUGGCUUGACAUUUUUGGGCAAUGGUUUUGGAUGUAUAUCGGGGUCGUACUUGGUCGGCUACCUUAUGGACUAUAACCACAAAUUGACAGAACGCAAAUACUGUGAGCAACAUGGCUACCCACCUGGUACGCGGGUCAACUUGAAAUCUCACUCGGAUUUUCCUAUUGAAGUUGCCCGAAUGCGCCACACUUGGUGGAUUGUUGGGCUAUUCAUCGUGACAACUGCCAUCUAUGGAGUCUCGCUUCGAACACACAUAGCGGUUCCCAUCAUCCUGCAGUACUUGAUUGCUUUGUGUUCAACGGGGAUAUUUACCAUCAAUAGCGCAUUGGUCAUUGAUCUUUACCCUGGGGCCAGUGCAAGUGCAACGGCAGUUAAUAACCUGAUAAGAUGCUUGGUGGGAGCUGCUGGAGUGGCGGCAAUGCAACCCAUGCUGGACGCGCUGACCGCCGACUACGCCUUUCUCUUGCUUGCGGGGAUCACGUUGGUCAUGGCUCCUCUAUUGUGGAUGGAAAGUCGAUUCGGGGCUUCAUGGCGGCAUGAGCGAGAGAUGAGACUGGAAGAUAAAAGUAGUACUUGA